AUGAUCAGCACUUAUUGCGCUGCCAGCCGAGCACAGAAACCGUUUGUGGCAGCAGUAGUUGACCCCGAGCUGAGUUUGUUGGACUUGUCCGACCGUGAUUUGAGGUGAGUUCGGCAGUCCCCGAUGGACCUUUUGUCAGGCACCCACCAUGAACCUGAAGAUGGCCCUGCUAAGGAAUGACCAGGCCCUCGACCUAGACUAUGGACCGGCUAUUUAAAAUAUGCAGCCUAAAUAGCCCAUGAUAAAGCCGAGGACCGGUCUUUUGUUAGGUCUUUCGUUCGUUUCAAUGUCUAAUUUGUUUGCUCGGAUUUAAGCCAGUUACCCGAAGCAGUGGUCCAGAACUCGAACUAUUUGAAGCACCUAAUCUUGGAUGGCAAUCUCUUCAACGAGCUCGUUUUCCAAAGUCUUCCCGUUCGUUUCUCCGAACUUGAAACUUUAAGUAUCAACGGGAAUCAGAUUGCGAACAUUGGAGUCUUCAUUCAAUCACUGGCUCAUCAAUGCCCUAAGCUUCGAUUCCUCAGUCUGAUUGGUAAUCCCGGCUGGCCACAUCCAGUCCUUCAUUCUACAGAUCGAAAAUAUUACAAAUAUCAGUAAGUUUUGCCCCAGGUGUAUAUUUUAUCUUUUCAGGCGUUCUGUAAGUAAUUUCCUUCCGAAUCUUCGUUUCCUUGACUCUCUGCCUGUAAAAUGCCGUCGUCGUCGCAGUUCGGCCAGUACAGUGACAUCAUCUUCAUCUUGUCAGAGCACUUCUUCCCAUUCUUCAGAUUCGGAAGAUGUGAAAUCCUAA